AAUGUUGAGAAAACAAGAUGGCGGACGAAAUAUUAGAUUUGGAAGUAGCGAGAAAUAAGAUGAAAGAAUGGCGAGAUGAGCCCCCGAGGAAUAGCGAGGAGGUUAUUGAGCUGGGAGAGUCGCUCAUUGUCGAGCAUGGCAGCAAACUGGGGGAUGAAUGUAUGUCCCUUGAGACUGAUUUGAAUUGUACAUUUGUAAUUUGUAAAGACUGGUAGUCGUACAGACUUUGAUAUGCAUGCCUUUCACUGCUUGUAGUAAAUAAUAUAUGACUAGUCUGUUGUGUACGAAAGCUUUCAUUCGAAGCUUUAUAUAUAAACUAUCCUUGUAACUCUUUUGAGAUAAUAUUGAGCUUUUUUAGCGACAGUCAGGACGCGGCGGACGCUUGUGACUGUAAUUACGCUAAAGUACCCAACUGUUGGAAAAUAGUAAAAGAACGAGCAUUCUAACUCAUUGUGCUCCUGUUUCUUAAAUUUGUUUCCUUAAAUAGUAUAAAUACAUCCUUAUUCCUGAAUAUAUAAUUUAUUAUCCGACAAAAUAUUCUAACGAAAACUGCAAGUACAAUUUUGAAGUACAGUAUAUCAUUGUGACUUUUAGUGUGGAGUGUGUAUGAGCAAGUGUUGAUUGCAGCCUUGGAUUUUGGAAAAACUGAUCUGGCGAGUGUAAGUUUAAAGUUGGAAAAGAAAGUUUGUAGCAAGAGUCAAGAUUGUGGCCGUGAAAUUUGACAUGCUAUAGUUACUGGCAAAGUAUUAUACUAAUUACUGUGUAAAAUGAUGAGUGAUUGUGAUUUUUUGUUUAGAUGUGUUUGAAAGCCUUGAGUUCUCAGUUUCCUGGCAGUUUGAGGGUUAAACGAUUGAUAGCUAUGAAACACGAAGCUCUUAACCAGUUAGUUGAUGAAUAACAAUGAUUGUUUAUAAAAUUUUAUUGGUUGUCAUUGAUUGAAAGAACAAUUUAACUGAUAAAUAAUGAUUGAUUGAUAUUUAUUUAUUGAUUAAUUAAGAUUGGACAUUGAUUGUUAUUGAUUAGUUUUGAUUGAUUAAGAUUAAUUGAUGAUUAUAAUUUAUUAUUAUUAAUUGAUUGAUUAUAAUUUAUUAUUAUUUAUUGAUUGAUUAUAAUUGAUUAGUUUUGAUUGAUUGAGAUUAAUUGAUUGAUCAUAAUUGAUUAUUAUUUAUCGAUUGAUUAUAAUUGAUUACUUUUGAUUGAUUAAGAUCAAUUGAUUGAUAAUUAUUAAUUGAUUGAUUAUAAUUGAUUAUGUUUGAUUGAUUAUUAUUUUUUGUUUGAUCAUAAUUGAUUACUUUUGAUUGAUCAAGAUUGAUUAAUUGAUUAAUUAUAAUUGAUUGGUAUUAAUAAAUACUAAUCAAUUGAUUAAGAUAUUAUAUUGAUUGUUAUUGAAUGAUAAAUUAUAAUUGAUUAGUAUAUUGAUUGAUUAAGAUUGUAUAUUGAUUGUUAUUGAUUAAAUUGAUUAGUAUUUAUUUACUGAUUAGGAUUAAUUGAAUAUAUUGAUUGAUUAAGAAUGAUUCAAGGAUUUAAUCCCAUUUAUUGAUUGUUUUAUUAGAAUUUUUAUUGAUUUCAUUGAUUGUCAUAUAUUUCAGGUUUGACAAGGCAACAGAAAUCUAUGAUGACAUGAUAGCAAAAGAACCAUCUAAUUCAGUAUGUACACAACACACCACUGCUAAAUCUAACACAAUUACAUCAUCUAUAUGUUGUACUAAAUGUAUUAUGUUUUAUAGACUCCAUAUAAAAGAAAGAUCAGUAUAUUGAUUGGACAAAACAAAAUUUCUGAAGCUGUCAAAUCUCUUACAGACUAUCUCAAAAGGUUCUCAUAAGUUAAAAUAAUUGAUGAUAUACAAAAAGAUGAUUUGUGUAUAUUUCACUGAACUAGUAAAUCAGAAAUGUAAAAUUCAAUUUAGAUUUAUGAGCGAUCACGAAGCGUGGAGUGAACUAACAGACUUGUAUAUAUCUCAACAAGAGUAAGUUAAAUACCUACUUCGCUAACACGGAUGAUCGUUGCCACAUUUUUGAUAACUCGCAUGCCUAGUUGUGCCACUGUUAUGAUAUUGUUAUAAGUUAAAACUUAUGUACACGUGAGUGAAUUGGGUGUCAACGAGUACGUGUUAGGCCUGUUUCAUAGGUCGAAUUUAAUUCAGACCAAUUUAAUUCGUUUACAUUAAAUUCGUCAAUUGGUCGGCAUUAAAAUGGUUUCGUUUCAAACGAUGAAUUUAAUUCAGACGAAUUCAUUUCAUGAUUAGCGAUUAUGGAUUACCCAGAAAUAAAAACCACUGGAUCAGAAAGACAGAAACAGACUUUAACAUAAUUUAUGCAUUUAAUUCGACACGACGAAUACGUCAUAUGAAACGAAGACGCGCUACAGACGUUGUAUCCGUCUGGUCAUGACGGAUAAAACGUCUUGGACGAAUUUAAUUUGUUCCAUACGAUGCACUACCGUCGCAUUUAAUUCGUUCAAUAGGCAAUUCCAGCUUUUAGUUUAUGCCUGCAGAGAAUGAUGGGAAGUAAGGUAUCAUAUUGCCGAUUAUGCUGAAAAAUGUCAAUAAAAACAACCGAAAUAUUUCAAUAUUUACAAGUAUAAGCUAUCACUCCGUGUUUACACGGCCACCAUUUUUAUUUUCUCAGCAUAAUCAGCAUUACGAUACCUUACUUCCCAUCGUCCCCUGUACGCAUAAACUAAAAGCUGGAAUUGCCUAUUAAAUUCGUCUAAAACCUAAAUUAAAUUCGACGAUAGUGCGACGUAUGAAACAGGCCUUAGAAGCAGAUAAUAUAGUCCAGUCUAGCCUGCAAACAGGCUCUCAAGCUGAAUUGAGAGCCUGCAUCGGUGACUAAUGAAUUUGAAUAUCUGCCCUGUAACGUUCGUUUUUCCAAAUAUGGAAUGUCUAUCCUAAUAUGGUGUUGUUUACAACUUUCGUGCAAACUAAAUUUAGACCGUGCAAACUAAAUUUAGACCGUACAGUUUAUACUGUUUUUCGAAAUAUAAGAUAUUCAAGCAAAAGUUCAAUUUUUUUAAAUACUGUUUUCUCAAAACAGAACAUUUCGUGCUUUGAGAUAAGAUGGCCAAGACCAAUUUGAUCAGUUAAUGUGUUUUUUUUUUAUGCAUAGUGCUUCAGCAGUUAACAUAUAUAGAGCUCAGCGGAAACAUAUAAAUUAUAGCAUCUGACCAAUGAGAAUUUCGCGUCACGAUUUGAGACGCAGAUAUUCAAAUUCAUUAGUCAUCGAUGCAGGCUCUCAAUUCAGCUUGAGAGCCUGUUCGCAGGCUAAGUCCAGUCGAGAUCUUUUAAAGUUUAUAGAUUAUUACCAGUUGCCGAUUUAAAUAUAAUCUUGAACUACCUGUACCAUUGUCAGUGUAGGUAGUGCCAAUAAUAUGAACAAGCUUUCGUUGGUGGGGAUGCAACUACCUGAAAAAUAUAAGGAGAAUUUUAGGUAGUUCAUACAUCCCUGCCAACGAAAGCUUGUCGACUUAAAUAACAUCGUAUUUGCUGUGUUGGUGUAAUGUACUCAGGUGAAUAAGAUGCUUGUGUGAUGUUACUCUGCCGGAGUGUAUAUCCACACCCGGGCAGGCUUGAACAUAUGCCUGGCCACGGUGGGAAUCGAACCUACGACCAUUGGAAUAGACCCUUUGCACUGACGUCACAAAUACUUAGAGUGUCCUCCAGAUGCUCCCCAACAAUACGGAGCUUUAGAUUUGACUACGAGUACGACUACGAGUACGAGAUUUGAUCGCGUGCUAGGAAAUUACCGUAGUCGUUUUCGUUUUCACUCAAAUGUUGUUUUUAUAGCAGUAAACCAACAACGAGAGAAAAAGUUUCAUAAACUAAAUCUCCUGCAGACUAAAAUCCCCUACAAAACGUGAAAAUAAGUCAUAACAUUAAAAACAGGCCAGAUAUUUAGUAUUAAUAUAUUAUUUGCGCCGGAUAAACGCUAUAUAAAUGCUAGAAAUUAUUUUUGGAAAACAAAAAAAAGUCAACUUUCUUUGUUUUUCCGAAAAGUCGUCGUGAGGACUACGAGAUUUAUCCGCAAGUUCGUUCUCAGAUGGGCGACGGCUACGACUUUUUCGCGUCAGUACGGGAUGGCGUAAGCAUACAGCAUGCGUUUUCGCUUGACGAAUCUCGUACUCGUAGUCGUACUCGUAGUCAAAUCUAAAGCUCCCUAAUAUCUGUUCGGGUACAACCACCACAUAUAGCGCAAAAAUUAACCAUUUUAAUACAAAAUUAUUAUAAACUUUGCUUUGUUUACAAAAGUUAUAUUAUGCAUAGAUUGCUAAUUUGUCCUCCAGAUGCAUCGUCACCGGCGCUGUGACGUCAUGUGCAAUGGGUCUAUACCAGCCCAAUGGAAUACCAGCCCAAUUGGGCUGGUAUUCCAAUGGUCGUAGGUUCGAUUCCCACCGUGGCCAGGCAUAUUUUCAAGCCUGCCCGGUGUGAAUAUACACUCAGAGUAACAUCACACAAGCAUUAAAUAACAUCGCUUUCUUUUAUUCAGGUUCACCAAAGCAGCAUUUUGUAUGGAAGAGUUGAUCAUAUCCAAUCCACAUAAUCAUUUAUACUACCAAAAAUACGCGGAGGUGAAAUAUUUAAAUACAUUUAACCAUAAAAACACCUGCGUGGAAAGUUUAAACGUACGAUACUUAGUGAAAUCCAUCUUAUUUUAAUGAUAAUGUGUUUUGCCUCUUCCCAGAUAUUAUACACAAUGGGCACUGUUGAUAACUUAGAAAAAUCGCGGAGUAACUUCGCACAGGCUUUACGACUCGACAACAACAACAUGCGAGCCCUCUAUGGCUUUUUCAUGGUAGGUAUAUAAGGAUUGAUUUAUAAUCACCAUUCCAAUCUUAGCAUAAAAUGAAAUAAAUUGAAAUAAAACUAAUAAAAAGAUAAUGAUGUUUACUGGUCCUGGGCAAGCGAUAAAGUACACCACUGACUGUGAUGUCGAUAAAUUAUUUUUUAUACAGGCUGCAUCAAAUUUGGCUAAUAUGCCCAAGACUAAAAACAAGAAAGAAAAUAUGAAAUAUGCAUCGUGGGCAGCCAGCAGAAUUAUGGAAAAAUAUCAGGUAAAGAUGAUUAAACUAUGUGAAUUGUUUCGCUUCAAAAGUGGUACUGCAGGAGGAAACCUAAACUGAACUGAGUAGUUUUAUUUAUUCUUCAUGUUGGUCCAGUGUUACUGCAGAGAGAAACUGGAGAAUAUACCUACCGUUUCUGUUAGAGUCAAACCGGAAGGACUCUUCUCACAUGUGACCGAGGUGAAAUUAUAAUCAGACAACUGGAUAUUGCAGGAAUUAAACCCCAGCCACAGAAUACUACACAGAAGUCCAUCUCCAUUGUUUUUUGCGUAAGCUCUAUUCGUCAUGAUUCUUCACUCAGCAAGUACCGUAAACAGAAGCAGCAGCCCCCCCCCUGGAAAUACUACAAAUGGCGCAAGUCCAGGGGGGCAAGGGUCUCAGAGGAGAAAGGCACUAAUUGUUCUCACAAUAGACAAUUCCAUUAUAGAUUAAUUUUAAAACUAGGCAAGGAGAUGCGAAUAAAUCACAACAGCUAGAAAGGGCAUACUAAAAUGAGUAAAAUUGCAAAGUUUGGUUGCGAAAUGUUGUAAAAUGCGGUGAAUAUAGCCUUGCAAAUUUUGUAUUCUUUUGUAUUGCGUGCGGAAAUUGCUACCAUUCUCGGUCCAAGAGCUAGUGGUAGCAAUUUCCGCACGCAAUACAAAAGUAUACAAAAUUUGCAAACUUUGCAAGGCUAUAUUUUCCGCAUUUUACAACAUUUCUCAACCAAACUUUGCAAGUUUACUAAUUUUAGUAUGCUUUUUCCGGGAAUAAUUUUUUGCCAAGAUAAAAAAUUAGCCUAUAUAAUGGGAAUUGUCUAUUGGGCGACCAAAGCUCCAGUCACACUGGCGAAUGUCCUUGUGUUUAAGGCCUCAGUUGAUAAAAAUAAUUCAGACUCGGUUGUUUUUCUUCCAAAAGGCAGCAACCAAGAAGGAUGAUGGUGACGAUGGCAACAUAUCGAGCAUAGGAAAUAUUCUUGAUUCUCUUCAGUUGACAGCACCUAGCAAUGUUCCGCAAUAAUUACUGUGUGGAAUAAAGUACAACGUGAAACUACCUUCAUAUAAGACCUAACAGGCAAAAGCCCAGUGAAUAGACUUUGCUGUUUAUUGCAUUUACACCCCAAUGGCUAACGAGUUGUUUAUAUCUAACCAAAUCUGCGACACGGACGCGACUAAAAAACAGUCGCUAAUUGAAUUGGAGACUAGUUUUACUUUGUUUUUCUCGUGUCCUUGGCUUUGUUUACCAACAACAAUCCGUAAUUUUUACCCGUGAAGUGAAACUGUCUCGUCCGCGUCGUAGAUUUGGUGUAUCUUAAGCUCCCUAUAUUCACAACUUUACAUAACUCACAUGCCCAUUUCCACUCAGGAAAAUUUUCGGCAGGAAGAAAAUUUUGUAAAAUGUGGUUGGCCGACACAAAUUUUCGGUCGGAAAAAAAUUUUGAAGUUGAAAAUUUUCAACUUUUAACAAUGAUAUUUUCGGAAAAUUUUCUGGCCGUGGAAAUUUUUCUUGAGUGGAAAUGAGCCUUGGGUGAUACUCACAUAUGUAGAUAAUUCUAAAGCCGUAGUUACCUUUGUUCCCUUCUAUGCUUCUGUAAACAAGAAAAAUAGUCACUAGGAAUGUGAGUUGUACAAUCUAUUAGCCAUUUCCCAAUCGAGCAGAGGACUGGGUCUAGUUGAUGCAGGGUCUUAGCUAGAGGGCCGUGUUGGUCGUGUUAUCGCGGCCAAAAGUGGAAAAACACGGCUAGAUAAAAUGAACGCGGUUUCAUUAUUCAUAUAAGGCCGUGUUGGUUCAUAAAAUAAGGUGGUGCUACAGUACUUACAACAGACAGAAUUUCUUCCAAUUUAGUAAUUUAUGUCUUAAAAGGGUUUGUAAAAUCUGUUGUUGUUGUUGAAAUUUAAUGUUUUGAUGGAUAAUGGGAACUGUAUGGUGUUAAAAUGGUUUUAAAUACUCCCAAGAGUUGCUGAAAUAACGUAAUAUUCUAAUGUCAGUGCGCAAUAUCAGCAUAUGCUCGCCUUGUAUUUAGUUGCAAAGCACAGAACAACCACAGGCAUUGUCUAUUGUUGGCAAGCAUAACUAGAACCGUGAUUUGGCUAUUCAAGGUAAUUGGCAUGUGCACACCCUGGUCAUUAGAAACACGCCCAAGAUCUAAAAUCCUAGCUAAGACCCUUAGUUGAUGUUUGGAGGGACAACAAGUUAUUGUGAGCGAACUAAAUGUAUAUUAAAAGAUGCCUUAUUAUAAUUGUUGCCUUUCAGGCUGCACAAAUAACUUUAGGAAUGUAGGAAAACUUCCUAUCGGCAUAUUGUUUAUUUUUUGUCCCUCCAAACGUGCCACCAGACCCAGUCACCUCUGCUCGAUUGGGAAGUGGUUAAUUGAAGGACGUCGGUGGUGUGAUGGCUGGUCAGGUCUGUUCUUGUGAUCGUUUAUGAACACUUGUUGAUCGCUUGCUGAUAUUCAACAACGUUUCUUGUCGAUAUUUUAAUAUCGUCGCCGGUUUAAAGACAUGGAUAAUAAAUACUUUAACACGAGGUAUAUUGAAUACUGUGAAAAAUACCUGACCAUUAUCAAAAUACAACUAGUGAUGCAUUGAAAUUUAUACUU